AUGAAUGAGCUAAAUCUGAAAUUACAAGGAAAGGAAAACUUAAUUUGUGAUUUCUACAGGAUAAUUAAAGCAUUUCGACAAAAAUUGAUGUUAUUCGAGUCACAACUUGGAGUACGUCAGUUUUCACACUUUUCUUGUUUUAAAAGUUUUUGUGAGGCAAACUGUAAUGAGAUCGACAUUACUUUCCAAAUUGGAAUUAUCAAAGAAUUAAAACAUCAUUUUUUACAUAAGUUUUCUGAACUUGACAAAAUUGAAAGCGAUAUAAUUUUGUUCGAAAAUCCAUUUUCUUGUAAUGUUGAAAAUGUUCAACAUGAAUUACAAUUAGAAGUUAUUGACUUACAAUCAAAUGAACAGCUCAAAGAUUGUCACAGACAGACCAAACUCGCUGAGUUCUACGAAUAUCUCAAGGAUGAUGAGUUUCCGAGACUAAAGAAUUUUGCGAUAAAGAUGAUUUCUAUAUUUGGCACAACUUACCAAUGUGAGCAAACGUUUUCGAGGAUGAAAUAUGUUAAGUCUGCCCAUCGUGCAAGAUUGACUGACGGACACUUAAAAUCAAUUCUCAUGAUAGGAUGCAGCAAUUAA